CUCGUCUCUAACCACAUACUCGACAAAGUAUCUCUUUUCUCUUUCUUCUACGAUAUCUUCUUCGUCACCUCUCUAUAUAUGGAGGAUUGGAUAUGGUGCAGAACAAUCACACACACGCACACACUAAGAUAAAUACUUACCUUUUCUUAUCCGGCAGCUUACACAUCCUCUUUACUUACUAGGGUUUCAGAUAACAAAUCAAGCAAGAUCAUCGUCCGUACUUACUGAUCAUACACAAAAAAAAUCAAAGUUGUCUAUCAAGAACUUAGAAUUAUCUAUAUAUAUAUCGAGAGAGAUGUUUCGUUUUCCAGUGAGUCUUGGAGGUCAAGGUGACAAUUUGAAGCAGACACAACCAUCGGAUGAGCAGCACCAUCGGCCAAUAAUGGAUGAGGUUGACUUUUUCAGGUCGGAGAAGAGAGAUGAUCAGAAUGUCAUCACCGAGGAAACUCAUAGGCUUCAUGUCAAAAGGGAAAAUUCACGUGUUGACGAUGAUGAUGAUCGUUCCAUGGGUAUCAAUACUGGACUUAAUCUUCUCACUGCGAAUACGGGAAGCGACGAGUCAUUGGUGGAUGAUGGAUUGUCUGUUGAUAUGGAGGAGAAACGUACAAAGAUUGAGAAUACACAACUUCGAGAAGAGCUAAAGAAGUCGAAUGAAGAGAAUCAAAGACUAAAGGAAAUGCUAAGUCAAACAACCAACAACUUCAACUCCUUGCAGAUGCAACUUGUUGCUGUCAUGAGGCAAGAAGAAGAUCAUCAUCACCUGGCUACGAUCGAGAGCAAAGACAAGGACACUAACCGACAUGAAGCUCCUGAGAUGGUUCCAAGACAGUUCAUUGAUUUGGGACUACCAUCUGCUGAAGUAUCAUCCGAUGAGAGGAUAACGUCAAGAUCUCCCCAAUCCCUUCUAGAGGACUCUAGCUCACGUCAGCGCGCAAAAAGAGUACUUGAGAUAGAAGAAAGCCCAGAGAACGAAUCGAACGGCUGGGGAAACCCUAGCAAAGUUUCGAAACACAAUGCCUCUUCCAGCAAUGGCAAUGGAAAUGCUAUCGAUCAAUCGGCCGCUGAAGCCACCAUGCGUAAAGCCCGUGUUUCGGUCCGUGCAAGGUCCGAAGCUCCCAUGUUAAGCGAUGGAUGUCAAUGGAGAAAAUACGGACAGAAAAUGGCAAAAGGGAACCCGUGCCCUCGAGCUUAUUACCGCUGCACGAUGGCCGUUGGAUGUCCCGUUCGUAAGCAAGUGCAACGUUGCGCAGACGACAGAUCUAUUCUCAUAACAACCUACGAAGGAAACCAUAACCAUCCAUUACCUCCGGCAGCUAUGUACAUGGCUUCAACCACAACCGCAGCCGCAAGCAUGCUCCUCUCAGGCUCCACAAUGUCGAACCAAGACGGCUUAAUGAACCCAACAAACCUCUUCGCUCGAACCAUGUUGACUUGUUCCUCAAGCAUGGCCACGAUCUCAGCCUCGGCCCCAUUCCCAACCAUUACACUAGACCUCACAGAAUCAGCGUCGGACGUUAACGGUCCGACGAAUAACAACCCACUGAUGCAAUUCGCUCAACGGUCUGGUUUCGCGGAGUUGAACCAAUCGGGCUUGCCUCAGAUGAUGGGCCAGGCUUUGUAUUAUAACCAACAACAGUCCAAGUUCUCCGGUUUGCAUAUACCAUCUCAGUCGCUGAACGCUGGCGAGAGCGUCAAUGCUGCUAUGCCCGCCAAUCCGAACUUUGCAGCGGCUCUGGCCGCAGCCAUCACGUCUAUUAUCAACGGUUCGAGUAAUCACCAGAAUGGGAGCAGUAACAGUAGUAAUAAUAAUGUUACGACGAGCAGCGGUGACAGGCAAUAACAUUUUUAUAAAAAAUGUUUUAGG